GAAAAAGAGCGAAAAAAGACCGGAAGUGAACGUCUUAGGUUUGCUGCUAAUGCUAAUGGACCCGGAACGGUAAAGCAACACUCUGAAGAUGGCCGGGGUGUUUGAGGUGGAGGUUGAUGGUGUAGAGCACGACCAUGGACUGGAACAUCACGAUGAACCGAACCAGUUUGAUGUAUCCAAGCUCUCACCAGAAGAAAAGUGGAGGGUGGAGCACGCACGAAUGCAUGCCAAACACAAAGGCCAUGAGGCCAUGCACGCAGAAAUGGUGCUCAUCCUCAUAGUCACCUUGGUUGUCGCCCAGCUAGUCCUUGUGCAGUGGAAACAGAGACAUCCAAAGUCAUACAAUCUGGUGACUCUGUUCCAGAUGUGGGUAGUUCCUCUCUACUUUACUACCAAACUUCACUGGUGGAGGUUCCUGACCACGUGGUUUAUCUUCUCUGUCAUCACAGCAUACAUCUCCUACCGUGCAACUCGCAAGCCGCUGGCCUGCACCACACCAAGGUUGGUGUAUAAAUGGUUCCUCCUCCUCUACAAGAUCAGCUAUGCCACAGGAAUAGUUGGCUACAGUGUUGUCAUGUUUACACUUUUUGGUAUUAACCUAAUAUUCAGGAUAAAGCCAGAGGAUGCAAUGGACUUUGGUGUUUCACUACUUUUCUAUGGUCUGUACUAUGGGGUCCUAGGAAGGGACUUUGCUGAAAUGUGUGCAGACUUCAUGGCUUCAACCGUUGGGUAUUACAGUGCAUCCGGCAUGCCAACCAAGCACCUCUCUGACAAUAUCUGUGCUGUGUGUGGUCAGCCCAUCCUUGUAGAUGUCAGUGAGGAAGGGAUUAUUGAGAACACGUACAGAUUAUCCUGCAACCAUGUGUUCCAUGAGUUCUGCAUAAGAGGAUGGUGUAUUGUCGGAAAGAAGCAGAUGUGCCCGUACUGCAAAGAGAAGGUGGAUCUGAAGAGGAUGUUUAGUAACCCCUGGGAGAGACCGCAUGUCAUGUAUGGACAACUUUUAGACUGGCUUCGGUACUUGGUUGCUUGGCAGCCUGUUAUUAUUGGAUUUGUGCAAGGUAUCAACUAUGUCCUUGGUCUGGAGUGACCUGCGACUGGCAGAAAUGGACAUAAACACCUUUAAGAGAAGAUAUGCACUGGCUCAAAAGACUGAGGGCCUAAUGUUGAACUAAAACACCAGUAAAAAAGUGUCUAUACUUUUUGUACAUAUUUAUAGGCACAUAUUAUCUGUAUUUACGGUUUAUUUGAAUUUUACUAGUAAUCUGAAUUUGGAUGUCUAUGUCAAUUUCCCAGGAUUUGCUUCACACAGCAUUACACCUUAAUAAUUGGUUUGUGCAUCCUACAGUCUAGUCCAUCGGUUUCUCGAAAUCAUUAGAGAGGUGCUUUUUACUAAUUUAUGUCUUAAGUGUUUGUUAAUACUUAGUUAAAGGAUCAUACUCGAGUUUUUCACCCUCAUGUCGAUCACAUAUGAGUAAUAAAUAUUGAAUGGAAAUCAGCAUAAAUCAUUUCUCCCUUUGGCUCUUAAAUACAUGAACCUAGUAUCCACAGACUUCCUGUGGAGUCAUUGUGCAACUGCAUCACUUAAUGUAAUCACUCAUAUAGUUGUUUGAUCUGCUUGACCCUGAGUCCAUAUUUUGAACUGAAGUGACAUGGAUGAAGGUUUCCUAAGUGCUGACAGUCAUGCACCAUGUGGGCGGAAGCCUCGUCGUCAUGAGAAAAAAAAAGCACCAGUUGCACAUAAACAAAGGAUUCCUCAUACAGUAAUUGUUAAGAUGUAACUUUCUGUUACUGAAUUUCAAAAUGUCCCCAUUGUUCCAUGGACACUCACCCUUACCAACUCGGCACAACAGUCUUUGCUUUGACUGAUACCCUUUGUGCAAUAUCUCACUUCAUUAUGUUUGUAUGAUUUGGAAGAAUGUCACUGUCUACCAAACAAAGUCAUCUGUUUUUGCUCACACGUUAUUUUUAUUAAAAGCUCAGUUCAGCUCAGAAAAAAACUUUUUCUAACUGUAGCUGUAUCUAGCCAUGCAUUGGUUCAUUUCUGUCAGCUGUUUUCUUCGGAACUACUUUCUACCAAAGAAAUAGUCCCUAUUAAACUGAUGACAUUAUGUUCUGUGUAUUAUUCAGAGUUUCAGGGAAGACACGUUGCUGCAAUUUUUAAAUCUUUUUCUAUGCUGUUGGCACUACUACCUACAUUUUAUUUACCUCCAUUUUAUUGGGGUGGCAGCAGAGAGUCUGGCCAGAUAGAGGAGAAAAUAUAUCUGCAUGACUAGAUACUGCUAGAGGUGAGAAAAUAUUUUUCUGAAAUUUAAGUGAUCUUUAACAGUUUUGAAAGUGGUGAAACCUAGUAAGCACCAAAGCUAAGAUACCAGCUAGAAACUGGACUAAAACUAUUGAAACAAAGUCUGACAUCAGGAGGACAGAAAACAUACUAGAACGAUCCUUUAACUCAGUGAGAGUGUUGAUGGUGCCAGUCUUAUUUUAAUGUGAUCAGAUCAAUCUGAGGUCCCAAAAGGACUGUGUACAACAAGGCCAACAUGAUCAUUUUGUUUUGUUGUCAAUGUUUUGAUCAAGAUCUGUUAAUAAAUGUCACAUUGGUUUA